AUGGCGGCCCCGGCAAAGGUACUCUCGACAUUCGAGCUUCUCGAGCUUAUCCUACUACAGCUCGACACGCAAACUCUUCUCACAGCUCAGCGAACAUGCCGUACCUGGCACAGCAUCAUUCAAGAAUCAGUUGCUAUCCAAAAAGCGCUCUUUUUCAUCCCGAUCCAGCCUUCAUCUGCGAGUACAAAAGUACAAAAUCCCUUAUUGGCAAAGCUGUUUCCGGGUUUCUUCACCUCGGACACAUCCUUCUUGGCCAGCAUGGAUAUGCUCCAGCGACCUGAGAAGCUGGAAGCGUAUAUUCGACCUGAAGCAAGUUGGCGGCGGAUGCUCGUCCAGCAGCCGCCUAUACCCAGGAUUGGAUUCCUUGUUUCCUGCUUUGCCUUUACGGAGAGUUAUACCUACCAUGAGAUACCGACCCGGCCAGACGGUCUGCGGAUGGAAGAAUAUUUCGAAAUGUUUAUAUUCGGGCACCAUGUAAUUUCGCUGGAGUACUAUGUCCCAGAAAUCAUCUGGUGGGGUGAUACCUAUUCUUCUGGGUGGAUUAAGAUGAAAGAAUCGAGGGGCAUGACGGUGGAGACCGACAUCGUGAUUUCGAUCUUUGGUGGCGCGACAUGUACGGACUUUGAAGGCGAUGGGUUCACCGAAGAUGCCGUACUAUGCAGUCGGAUUCAGGACGUAUACCGGAAGCUGAAUCUACAGCCUUGCGCACCGUCAGCCGAGAAGAAGCUGAACGAGUGGAGUUACUCGCACUGGUAUGAUUGA